AUCAUCAAAUUUUAAACAUUCUAUUAGCUUUAACUAAGUGUUGAUCCAAAGGAGAAAGACCCCUCGAGAAGAAGAUGAGUUCCACUGAGAAUGCAAGCUAUCAAGCUGGCCAAGCCAAGGGCAAGACUGAGGAGAAGACCAGCAGCAUGAUGGAUAGGGCUAAAGAAACUGCCCAAAAUGCUAAGGAUUCUAUGCAAGAGAGUGGGCAGCAGAUGAUGGACAAAGCACAGGGAGCAGCGCAGGCUGCUAAGGAUAAAAUUAGUGGGAAAUGAGACUGCCUGCUGGAGGCUCUCUUCUCCAACUUUCCCCCGGCCACCAUGCACCAGCUAGCUUUGUUUUUGGGAAUUUCAUGUUUAGUUGUUUCUUUGAUUUUCUUCUUUUGAUCCUGAGCUCAAUGAGGAGUUUGUUUAUGAAUGUAUCUAAUUCCCUUUUGAGCCAGUGAGCCUUAAUAAAUUAUUUCUUUUUUU